AUGUCUUUCCUCUCUCAAAAUAUGAAGAUCACCAUCAAAAAUGUAGCCCUGAACAAGAACGCAACGCUGACGUCGACUGCAAAAGAUACAAGCAGUGUAAAGCUGGCAAGAUAUGCCGUGGACGGGGAUAUAUACACAGAAGCCAAGACAAUGCCUCAAAACAACCCAACGAUGACAAUUCACUUAGAAGAAAUUACAACAAUCAAAUACAUGGAGAUUCAUUUACUUUUAGAAGAAUCGAGUUCGUACAAAGUCUUUGUGGUCAAUGUAUCUAGACCAGAGUACACAGAGAAUACCCUUUGUUCCAACAUUGCGAAUCCCCCAACAAUGUACCACGUCUGGAAUAUCACAUGUACUGGAGAUCGUUCUCUGACUGGAAAUCAGGUCUCAUUGAAAGACAGACAAAACUGGGAGCAUUAUCCAUUUUCGAAGUUUUUAUAUUUCGUUGUAGCAAAGGAACGUACAGCUACUUUUGUGAUCGAAUGUGCAGUCACUGUUUUGACACAUCUUGCGAUGGAUACACGGGUGUUUGUGAAAAAGGAUGUGUGGAUGCGGGUCGGUCUGGUUUUUUGUGUUAUUGUAACCCCAGAUGUGAAGAUGGAUGCGGAGUAGACAGGGAAUGCAUGACAGGAUGUGCAUUGGGCUGGUAUGGCAAUAAUUGUUCAAAACCUUGUCUUCAGGAAAACUGUCAAGAAUGCAAUUAGAUGACAGGAAAUUGCACUCAAUGUACGUCGGGCAAAUAUGGAGAAACCUGUGAGAAGUCUUGCCAAGAAUUUUGUCUUGAAUCCAUUUGUAAUCGGCAAGGCAUAUGUGACUAUGGAUGUAAAGAAGGAUUCUCUGGAACAUUUUGUCAAAGUCCAAGUUCAGACACCGGUUCUUUUGGUAAACACUUUAUUUACAUUAUCUGCACUCUGGGAAUCUUUUUGUUGGGACUUCUUCUCGUCACCAUUGGAAUUCUGAUCCAAAAG